AUGGAGUCUAAUGAUUGUUUCGAAGGAUUCGUGGUCUCAAGCCAUGAAAAAUGGCAGGAAUUCUCCAAACAGCCCCUCAAAGCAAAACAAUUUGGUGACAGAGACGUCGACAUAGAAAUCGAAUGCUGCGGUGUUUGCGGUUCCGACGUUCACACCAUCACAGGGGGCUGGGGCUCUGUUCCUUUACCGUUGUGUGUCGGCCACGAAAUCGUUGGCCACGCCGUGAGAGUGGGAAAAGAUGUCACCACUGUGAAGCUUGGUGAUCGCGUCGGCGUCGGGGCUCAAAUAUGGGCUUGCCUGGAUUGUCCGCAGUGCAAGAGCGACAACGAGAACUACUGUCCACAUAUGGUCGACACUUACGGAUCGCAAUAUCCGGAAUCAGUUGAUCCAAAUAAGACCAUAAGUCAGGGCGGUUUCGCAUCUCAUAUUCGAGCACACGAAUAUUUUGUGUUCAAAAUUCCCGACGAAAUCCCUUCCCACAUGGCCGCACCGAUGCUCUGCGCAGGUCUUACUGUCUGGUCACCCCUUGUGCGGGCAAGUAUAGGUCCUGGGAAGACCUUGGCCGUUGUCGGCCUGGGUGGUUUGGGCCAUUUCGCGGUGAUGUGGGGGACUGCUCUGGGCGCAGAAGUGUCGGUGAUAUCUCACUCGCCAUCUAAGAAAGCAGACGCCCUGAACUUAGGUGCAAAGAGGUUUAUUAUAAGCAACGAUCCCGACUGGCACAAACCAUAUGCAUUCGCUUUCGACAUGGUUCUCAAUACUGCAAACAUGACUCAGAACUUCAACAUUCCGGAAUACCUAUCCCUCUGCAAGGUCAAUGGGUCAUUCCAUCAAGUUGGCUUACCCAAUGACCCCUUGCCGCCGUUCAGGACCCAGGCAUUCAUGCCUAAUGGAUCAUCCAUCGGAGCAUCUCAUAUUGGUUCACGACAAGAGUGUUUGGCCAUGCUGGACUUUGCUGCUAGGAGAAGACUUCUGCCACGGGUCGAGACGAUUCCAAUUUCUGAAGAGGGCUGUAAGACUGCGACCACUAAAGUCAAGGAUGGCAGUGCGAAGUAUCGAAUCACGUUGACUGACUUUGAUAAAGCUUUCCGAAUGCCUAAAUGA